UUGGCAAUAUGGCGGCGCCCUGGAGCCGAGUGCUUCAAUGCUGAUGUGUUUAGGUUUAUUGCUGUAAAGAAACGCCCGCGUGUGUGUUUUUUUUUUUUAUUAUCAAUAUUAUUAUUUAAGUUUUAUUGUUAUUUGUUUAAAGUAAAACAACAUGAGUCGGUUUCUGAGGUUGGGCUGUUCGCUGUCUCGCGCUGCUCGGAGGAGUGUUUGGUCCAGUCAGAGCACAGAGAGGAGAGUCGGAGUGGAGCUAGAGGGGAGGAGACUUGAGAUAUCUUCGGGGAAGCUGGCACGAUUCGCUGAUGGAUGUUCUGUUGUACAGCUGGGAGAGACAUCGGUGAUGGUGACCGCCGUCAGCAAGACCAAACCGUCACCCUCACAGUUCAUGCCCUUGGUGGUGGACUACAGACAGAAAGCAGCAGCUGCAGGACGAAUCCCAACCAACUACCUGCGGAGAGAACUCGGGACCAGCGACUCUGAGAUCCUCACCAGCAGACUGAUAGACCGCUCCAUCAGGCCGCUGUUUCCUGCUGGAUAUUUCUACGACACACAGAUUCUGUGUAACAUCUUAGCCGUGGACGGCGUCAACGAUCCCGACGUCCUCGCCAUCAACGGAGCGUCUGCUGCUCUCGCCGUCUCUGAUAUUCCCUGGAACGGACCUAUUGGUGCUGUGCGUAUCGGUCUGAUCGAUGGAGAGUUUGUGGUGAACCCAACCCGGAAGGAGAUGAGCUCCAGCACGCUGAACCUGGUGGUAGCAGGAGCUCCGUCCAGCCAAGUGGUGAUGAUGGAAGCCGCCGCUGAGAACGUCCUCCAGCAGGACUUCUGUCACGCCAUUAAACUGGGAGUCAAACACACGCAGCAGAUCAUCCUGGCCAUCCAGCAGCUGGCCCGAGACCACAAGGUGGUGAAGCGCGCGCCCCAGAGACUCUUCGGCGCUCCACCCGAGAUGGUCGAGUACACGCGCCAAAUAGCUGGUGAGAAGAUCUACGCCGUGUUUACAGAUUUCUCCCACGAUAAGAUCUCCAGAGAUGAAGCUGUGAACAAAAUCCGACUCGACACAGAGGAGCAGGUUAAAGAGAAAUUUCCUCAAGCCGAGCCGUUUGAAGUUAUCGAGGCCUUUAACGUGGUUUCCAAAGACAUCUUCCGUAAUCUGGUGCUGACGGAGUACAGAAGGUGCGACGGACGAGACUUGACUUCACUGAGAGAUAUCUCGUGUGAGGUGGAGAUUUUAAAACCUCUGCACGGCUCCGCGCUCUUCCAGAGAGGACAAACGCAGGUUCUUUGCACAGUAACCUUCGACUCUCUAGAGUCCAGCGUGAAAACGGACAUCGUCACCACGGCUCUGAGUGGGAUCAAAGACAAGAAUUUCAUGCUCCACUAUGAAUUUCCUCCGUAUGCGACGAAUGAGAUCGGGAAGAUGGGUGGACUGAACAGACGAGAGCUCGGUCACGGUGCUCUGGCUGAAAAAGCACUGAGACCAGUCAUUCCUAAAGACUUCCCCUUUACCAUCCGAGUGACCUCAGAGGUGCUGGAGUCCAACGGCUCGUCGUCCAUGGCGUCGGCGUGUGGAGGCAGUUUGGCUUUAAUGGAUGCAGGUGUGCCGAUCUCCUCUGCGGUGGCCGGAGUGGCUGUGGGUCUCGUCUCCAAACACAACCCUGAGAAACCCUCCGAGAUCCUCGACUACAGAUUACUGACUGAUAUCUUAGGGAUCGAGGACUAUAACGGAGACAUGGACUUUAAAAUGGCGGGAACGAGCAAAGGCAUCACUGCGUUACAGGCUGAUGUUAAGAUCCCAGGACUUCCUCUGAGAAUCGUAAUGGAGGCCAUCCAGCAGGCGACAGUGGCUAAGAAGGAGAUCUUGGGCAUCAUGAACAAAACCCUGUCUAAGCCCAGGAGCUCGAGGAAGGAGAACGGCCCUGUCGUCGAGAACGUCCGAGUGCCGAUCUCCAGGAGAGCUCAGUUCAUUGGUCCUGGAGGAUACAACCUCCGGCGACUACAGGCACAAACAGGCGUCACCAUCAGCCAGGUGGAUGAGGAGACAUUCUCUGUGUUCGCUCCGACUCCACACGCCAUGCACGAGGCUCAGGAGUUCAUCACCGACGUCUGCAAAGACGAUCAGGAGCAGCAGCUGGAGUUCGGGGCGGUGUACACAGCAACCAUCACAGAAAUCAGAGACAGUGGUGUAAUGGUGAAGCUUUAUCCCAACAUGAGUGCCGUGCUGCUCCACAACUCGCAGCUCGAUCACAAGCGGAUUAAACAUCCCUCUGCUCUGGGACUGGACGUCGGCCAGCAGAUCCAGGUGAAAUAUUUCGGACGCGACCCUACGGACGGCAGGAUGAGGCUGUCGCGUAAAGUGCUCCAGUCUCCGGCGGCCACGGUGGUGAAGACGCUGAGCGAGAGGCAGAGCAUCACUAUGGCAACACCAGAAGGACAGACCUCACCUUCCUCCUGACCUCAACUUAAACCUUCUCUGGACUGAGUUUGUUCUCGUAUCGACUCCCGUUUACAUCUGGAGUCAUUAAGAAAAGGGCGUUUAACAGAUUCUGAGUCUGAGCUCAGGGUGUUACCCCGCGGGGCGGAUGUGUGUGUGUGGUGUAUGUACGUUCUCGUAGUGCAGCAGGAGCGGGGAAACUGUCGCUUUGCCUCGGGUCAGCGGGGGGAAACGUGCGAGUCAUAGGAUUAUUAUUAUUAUUACAAAAGUAUUGGCACCCAUAAAGAGGACAGGCUUAAGGCCCAUUCAUAAAAUGAAAAUCACACCCAUUUUACACUUAAGCUGCUGGAGAAACUGUUUUCCAAUUCCAUAGGUUGUUACAUUCCAGCAAAAAUGACUUUAAUUUCUCUCAAAAUAUGUGUGGCUAAAUUAUUGGCACCCUAGAUAUAUACUGUUUUAAUUAAAAAAAACUGGAGAAGUCUUAGUCCCAGUUUGACUUGAA